AGUUACUGUAUCAAUUUGAUGCUCUCCUAUAAGUAGUAAAGAGAAGCCAGAAUUCCUACAACGACAUCAAGCCUUCCAUCAUGAAGAUUAUUCACUAUCAUUUGCUGCUUCUGGUUUCAAUAAUGCUUCCGUUUCCAUUUCUUCAGGCAGCAUCAAAAUCCACCCAAGAAAAUUUUCUUCACUGCCUUCGUGAGAAAUCCAACAUUUCCAACCACCCAAUUUCCGCGGCAAUCUUCACCCCAACCAAUUCCUCCUUCUCAUCGGUUCUCCGUUCGUAUGCACAGAAUCUAAGAUUCGCCUCUCUCGGUGCCGCAAAACCAGUCGCCGUCAUCGCCGCCAUGCAUGAAUCUCACGUCCAAGCAGCCGUUUCCUGCGCCAGAGCCCAUGGCUUGCUGAUUAAAACCCGAAGCGGCGGCCAUGACUACGAGGGCCUGUCUUAUCAAUCGAAUGUCCCAUUCGUCCUCCUCGACCUCUUUAAUCUGAGAUCGAUUGAUAUUGAUUUAAAAGACGAGAGUUUGUGGGUUCAAUCCGGAGCGGUACUCGGCGAAAUUUACUAUAACAUUGCGGCGAAGAGCAAGAACCAUGGUUUUCCGGCCGGCGUCUGUCCGACGAUAGGCGCCGGCGGGCACUUCGCAGCCGGGGGAUACGGGAAUAUGGUGAGAAAAUAUGGGCUCUCGGUUGAUAACAUAGUCGACGCUCGGCUUGUUGAUGUGGAGGGAAGAAUCCUUGACAGAAAAUCCAUGGGUGAAGAUCUGUUCUGGGCUAUAAGAGGAGGAGGCGCCAGCUUUGGAAUUGUCCUUUCCUGGAAGCUCAAGCUGGUUGCUGUGCCAAACCCGGUGACGGUUUUCCGGGUGGACAGAACCAUUGAAGAAGGCGCUACCGAGCUCGUUUAUCAAUGGCAGAACGUCGCGGCGAAGCUGCCGAAGGAUCUCUUCAUCAGGCUGGAAGCGAGAGUGAUUAAUGGAAGCGGAGUGGCUAAGAAGACGGUGAAGGUUUCAUUCGUCGCCAUGUUUCUGGGUCAAGCUGGGAAGCUCGUUGAAUUGAUGAAAGAGAGGUUCCCUGCAUUGGGAUUAAAGAGAGCCGACUGCAAGGAAAUGCCUUGGAUUGAAUCCACCCUCUUCUGGGAUAAUGUUCCAGAGGGGACCUCGACUAGGGUUUUGCUCGACAGGAAACAUCACAAGAAGGAUUUCGUCAAGAUCAAAUCCGAUUACGUUCUUGAACCCAUCUCCAAGUCUGGGUUGGAAUCCAUAUGGAAGAAGAUGAUCGAGCUGGAGAAGAUAAGGCUAAUGCAGUGGAACCCAUAUGGAGGAAGAAUGAGCGAGAUUUCGGUGUCUGAAACCCCAUUUCCGCACAGAGAUGCGUUGUUCAAGAUCCAGUACGUGGUCUUCUGGAACGAAGAAUCCCUGAACGCCUCCAAGAAAUACGUGAAGGUUGCAAGGAAGUUCCAUGGUUUCAUGGCUCCGUAUGUUUCGAAGAAUCCAAGACGGGCAUUCUUCCCCUACAGAGACAUCGACGUCGGGAGCAGUCCAAGCUGCAAUGCUACAUACGAGGAAGCAAAAGGCGGCUAUGGAUGGAAGUAUUUCGAGAGUAAUUUCGAUAGCCUGGUGCUAGUGAAGACCAAGUAUGAUCGUACAAACUUCUUUAGGAACGAACAAAGCAUUCCUCCUCUAAGAUUGAUGUAAUAACAAGGGUUUCAUUGCAUGUAACGUGUUUCUAUGAUGGGUUUGGUUGAUCUGUUCAUGAUUAAAAUAAUAUAUAUGUGCUAUCUAUCUAUAAAGAGUAAGAUAAUGCUAGACGCAUAAUCUGGGUGAUAAUUUUGUUG